AUGGCAGCUUUCAACAGCUUAAAAAACAUUCUAAUGCUCGCAUUUGACUGGAUUCUGUACACUGCUGGUGUUGCAGAUACCUGCCAAGUCACUGUAACACAGCCCAGAUCUCAGGAAGCUGACUCCUCCAUGCACACUGUGUUCCUAAAGUGUGCUUUCUCCUCCUCUGGAUGCUCCUCAUCCCCACCCCAAAUUCUAUGGUUUCGCUUUUUAACUACUGAACAUGAGGAUUUGUGUACUCCUGGGUGCACAGAUCAUCAGAAGUACAAAGUACAUUUUUCAUCAGAAAAUAACAUUUCACUUCAGAUCAAUGAUCUGACUGUACAUGACAACGCUGUUUAUAUCUGUGGAGUAGCAUUUUCAGAUUCAAGUUCACCCCAUUCUAAACAAACAGGAGGAGGAACAGUACUAACAAAAACAGGAGCAGAGAAGCAGCAGAGCAAUGGAAAAUUCGUCUUCAUCUUCAUGAUCAUCAUCUCCUCCUUACUGUUUCUAUACACCACUACUGUAUUCACAUUCUUUGUAGUCUACAAGUUAAAACCAAAGCUGCUAAAGAAAAGUGGGAAUGAAGACUCAAGAACAGAGGACUGUAGAAUCAGGAGUGGACGACAAAUUUUUCAAGCAAUUGCCCAAGAACUUCGAAAGCAGAGGUAUGCUGAGCAUUGGCAACAGCCUGAUGAAGUGGAAGAUGACACUGUUUAUCAGAACAGAUGA